CCCUAAAGUUAAUUUCAUUCUGUGCGGCACAGACAAGAUCCCCCAUUCUCCCGCUUCGUUUUUGGUUACGCUUCAAAACCCUAAGCCCUAGCUGUCGUCUCUCUAUCAACAAUGAAGCUCGUCAGGUUCUUGAUGAAGUUGAACAACGAGACAGUGUCGAUCGAGCUCAAGAACGGCACCGUUGUCAACGGCACCAUUACAGGUGUGGAUAUCAGUAUGAAUACACAUUUGAAGACAGUGAAACUUACGCUGAAGGGGAAGAACCCAGUGACUCUGGAUCAUCUCAGCGUGAGGGGAAACAAUAUUCGAUACUAUAUCCUCCCAGAUAGUUUGAAUCUUGAGACUUUGCUAGUUGAAGAGACACCUAGGGUCAAGCCCAAGAAGCCAACUGCAGGGAGACCCGUGGGCCGUGGACGUGGGCGCGGUCGUGGUCGGGGACGUGGGCGUGGCCGUUAAAGAUGUCGCACGGGUUAUAAUUUUUGUGGCACGUGGUUAUGUAAACACCUUUGUUGUAGGAAGAACUUGGUGAUCUUGGAGACAUUAAAUGAGUUUCGGUAUUGCACUUUUAUUCGUUGUCUAUCCCCAGUGAAACUCCCAAAAUGUUAUUAAGAAGUUGGUAAUCGAUAUGCUUUUGACAUCUCAUA